CCCUCCACGUGUUGACUGUUGACAUAAGCAGAGUUGGGGCAGCUGCUCUGAUAACAAGGACUUUAUAAGUCAGAUGAGAUGAGCAGUCAGUCCACACACCCCUGAUACUCAGAAAGAUGAACAUGUAUUUAAAAGUUGUAAUCUUUGCCGUGUCCUUCCUGACAACUUCAGGAUACCCACUACACAGUGACAGCAGAGAGCCAACUUGGUCUGAUGGAAAGACCAACCAAGCUCAUGACAAGGCAGACCUCACAAAAGAUUUGCAAAAGGUUUACAAGAGCAGCAUAGACAGCAGUGCACUUUACAACCAGGAACAUGAUGACAACCCUGUGGCAGAGGAAAUGCAGCGCAAGCUCGCCAUGGAGUCGGAGCGCCUGCGCAUCCGUCUGCGUCAAGAGCUGGUGGAGCUGCGAGAGAGGCUGUCCCCGUCUUCGGCGCAUCUCAGUUCCCGUCUGGCCAGCAUGAGGGAACGCUUAACUCCCCUGACUCAGCAGCUCCAAGGCUCUCUUAGUAGCAACAGCCAAGAUCUGUGCAGCCAGCUGAGUCUCUAUCUACAGGCUUUAGACACAGCUGAGGCUCAGGAGGAGGCCAGUCCAUCUCUGUAUCAGGAAGCCUUCGAGUUAAUGAGCCAAUCCCUGGAGCACAGCAGUUUUAAGUUUGCUAACACCAUCAGUGACUUUUAUACCAAAGCAAGUGGAGUGAUUGAACAACUAAAACAGACUAGCGAUCAAGAAGAAGAGCCAAGCGCAUCAAAUGUAUGGCUGGAAAUGAGCUCCAAGUUGGGACAGAAAGUGAGUUCACUUAAAGAGGAGGCACAGAGCAGGGUGGAUGCCCUGAAAGUACAGCUUUCUGCAGUGCUACAAUCUGCACAACCUCAUACUGCAGAAGUGAGAGGUAGCAUAGAGCAGUUCUGCCAAAAUGCAUCCAUGCAGGUCCAAGUGCUUCAAGCCCGAAUGGAAAGGCUGUUUACAGGGCUGGAAAAGGAGCUCGUGGUCCCAAGAGCCUCCAGCGCGACGUCUUCUUCAUUUACACUCCAAAGUGGCUCUUUGCGGGAGGACUUCUCAGUUAAGCUCUCAGCUCUGAUCCAGGAGAUUAUGCAGUCAAUGCAGUGACAACAGAAAUCUUUAUUCUUUUUCAUUUAUUUGUUUGUUUGUUGCCAUUGUAGCAGCACAGUGAGUAUGUUGUAAAUAUGUCUGAAUGUGUGAAUUUGAUGCAUUUGUUUCAUUCUGUAUGUGACCGAGUGAGGAAUUGUCAAUAUGUAUAUAUAUGUAUAUAUAUCGCUGUCUUUUGGGAGUAAAGUUAUUCAUGACACUGUACAAAUGACCCGUUCUUUCUGUCAAUUAAUUAUUGCAUGUCA